AUGGCGGCCGAAGUUGGAAUGCGGGCGCGCUCCGCGGUGAGGACUGCCGUCCGGUGGAUGGCGCUGCUGCUGCUGCUGCAGUGCCUUGGCAGCCACCCCUCCUUCACCGCGGCGGGAGAAUACAAACAUGUGGUCGUUAAAAUCAAGAGAUAUUUCAGCUUUCCCCAUUCGGAGUUUCGUGAGAAACAUGAAGGUCGGGUAGAUUACGUCUCGUCAUCAAAAAGUUGUGGUGCUAAUGGAGGCCUUCUUACUGCGGAUCAAACACCUGCUGCGCAUCAGUCCAUCACGGAUUACUUGAGACAGGUGAGAGGCAUUGCCGAUGAUCAGGUAUUCACGUACAUGGGCGGUGACGCCCUGCACAGCGCUUUUUCCCAGAACCAUGCCAGUAAAUGUUAUCCCGGAAUUACUACGCCAUCGCUGAACUGCGUCUUUGAGUGGAAUCAGGGGCUGUUUGAGGACACGAGUGCGAAGGUGAAACUACGUGGUGUUCCGUUUUUCAGAGGUUCACUGCACUCCAUCCCUGGCGCAGGCCCACUGAACGGGUACGACGAUUACUGGCACGAAGGUUACCCUGCCAACGGUCAAUUGUUUUUAAUAUCUCGCCUGGAUACGAAGAAGAAAAGGGCGACGACAACGUGGUACGACGGGAGUAUCUCCGCCCAAAUCAACGUUGAUACGCCUAAUGAGGCAUUUGGCAUUGUAUGUGAGGUGCAAGACGAAAUCAUUACGACGACGACGACGACGACGACGACGACGACCACGACGACGACGGAGGCCCCGCCCACCACCACGACUACGACAGAACCGGAGGUGGUAGUUUCGUGGGUGCAGGAU